GGCCAAUGGGCGAGGGGGCGGCUGGAGAAGCGAAAGCAGCUGUCGGGGCGCGCGGAUGCGUGGAUGGCGGCGCUCCCUCAGGGCGCCCUUCUCCCCGAAGCCAUGCCGCUGCUCCGGCUGAGCGCCCGCUUUGAGCCCGCGAAGGAGGUGGCGCCCUGGCUGGCGGCGGGCCCGGGGGACUCUGGCGUCGCCGAGGCUGUGGAUAAUUAUUUGGAAACACUGCACAUAGUAAAUGUUGAAAGAAAUGGAAACAUUAUUUAUACUUGGAAGGGGAAUCAAGGAUACACACAUAUAGGAUUAUAUGAUCACCAUACUGAAAAAAACCAGCAUCUGUAUACCUUUGAAAAAGAUUUGCAAGUGAUCAGCUGCUCAGUCAACAGUGAAAAGACACUUUUGGCUGUCAGCUUUCUUCAGUCAGCAAAAGAAGAAAGGGUAAAUCUUGUAUUUCAGCCAGUGUCUAAAUGUCUGACCUUGCUAAUCGAAAUUCACCCAGUUAAUAAUGUGAAAGUUUUAAAGGCUGUGGACAGCUGUAUCAGAGUACAGUUUCUAUAUCCAGUUGCAGAAACACAUUCUUUUCUGGAAAGCCGUCUCUUACUCAUUUCAGAAGAUAAAUAUGCUGAGAAAGUUGACAUUAGAGUUGUCAGAGAUGGACAAGGAGUGGUAAUUGCAAAUUCAAGCCAGCUUUCAAGAGAGAGAAUUGCUGAUGAUCUCAUUUGGGCCCAGUGGGACAUGAUGGAGCAAAGACUAUUCUACAUUGUCCCAAAGGAAUCACUGGACACUUUAAAUUGCAUCCAGUUUUUUCCUGAUAAAAACUUCAAACUGACACUUGAAGCACCUUUGGAUAUCUCUUUGGCUGACAUAGCAUUAAAACCCAUGAAUUUGGAUUAUAAUUGUCAUCAAGACCGAGAGAUUAUACCUAAACCUUUGAAUAUCCGGGUUAUUACAAAUGAAACAGGAGGUUUAUGCAUAUGUUACAGUCUCAUUCCUAUUACAUCUGAAGAAGUUACAUACUCUGUGUUAUUCUUACAUAAAGGUUACAGCAAAACAUACACAGUAGCUUUGGAUGAAAUGAAUUCCCUGGAAGGAAAUGAUCUGACUUUUUUAAACCUUGACUAUUACGUGGCUAUCUAUUUACCUGGACAUUUUCUACAUCUUCUGAACACUCGGCAUCCUGAUUUGAUGUGCUAUAGCUUCUUCCUAACAGGUGGGGAGGCUAAAAUUAAUGGAUUGCAUGCCAGCACCAUAAUUUCUCCUCUCAAGUCAACGGUCUUCGAUCGUAGCACAGGAGAACUGUUUACUAUUGAAAUAAACAAGGAAGCCCUAUUCCAAUUCCUGUGGAACAGCAAAUGUGAUACUUACAAAUUGGCAGCACUGCACUGUUUACUUCUACACAUUGGGAGCACAAGGGAGAUAGAAAGCCAGGUAAUCCAGUGGAUUCUUGACAAAACGUCCAUUUGUUUUACAUUUGACCCCAUGCAAGAAUUUAUUAUUGCUUCUUCAUAUUGGACAAUGUGCCUGGACGUCACCAACCUGGACAAGCUUUUACCAUACACCCCAUUGCUGCAGUGGAAUGAAGACUUUCCAGGAAUUAUAUGCCGAACACAAAUUAUCUCAAUGCCUGCAUUAAAAGUACAACAUUGCAAAGACUUCUGGGAAAAGCUGAGCAUGAGCCUGGAAUGUGUGAAAUAUUCCGAACCCUACUUGCAUUUCAACUAUAAGAUGCUUCAGAAAGAAUGGGAUAAUUUGCUUUCAGAGGAGAGAACUGAAGAGAGAACAACAUAUAUGAAAAAUAUUUUUGGAAAUGCAAAAAGGGUGUUUUCCAGUUUGAAUAUGUCAAAUGUAGAGGGAAGGCUGGUUCCUUUCUUUCAAGAUGAAGAUAACCAGCAACAGUUGUUAACAGGACUGAUGGUUGCACAGUUGAAAGAUCACCUUGCAAGGCACCUACAAUAUAUUGGCACAAAGAAUAUGGAACAGAUAGCUGUGGAUUAUGUUUCAAAAUUGCUGAGACUAAUAUGGCAGAUAAUGGAGAGUGUUUGGAAGAAGUAUAAUCUUCAGUCUCACACCUUUUCAAUCAAAGGACAAGGGAAUUCCCAAGAGGUUGCUGCGUUCCACAUCAUGUGUCGGAUUCUACAGGCUACAAAUGGGAUGUGUAUGCCUUUGCCACCUGGAUUUCACACUUUGCUCAUGGGGCUGGGAGUGCGCUGCCUCCCUCUGCACACAUUCUUGCAUUACAUUGACCAUGGAGUGCUACAUUUAACUGAGAUGAAUGCCAUAAAGCUUUUGAAAGAACUGGACGACACUGUAAAGAAUGAAAAACUCAAGUUGAGCAUCCUCACAAGGCUUCCAGAGGAAAUUGGUCACAAAAUUUGUCACAUAUGGAGCCAUCCUGCAAGAUCUAAUGCCGUUGCCAGGAACUAUGUUAAGUUCUUGCUUGAGAAAUGCAGAAAUAAACAGCAGAGAAUGCUAGUGGUGGAUGGGCUGUCAGCUCGAAUUGAGUUUCUUCCACUCAACUAUUUGAUCAAUAUAUUAGCAGAGGUGGAGUGCCAAGGAUGGGCAGCAUCUGUACAGCCAGAGAACAUGAAUGUAAAAUUGGUUGAAGAGUUGGCACUGAAGCACACUACAAUGCUCUUGGGUCUUUAGUAUUGCUUACUGCAGAUAAAAUGGGCACCACAUCAGAUUUGCCAUCUAACAAUGCCAGGCAAGGUUAAGGGGAAUACUUGUGUUUAGAAUGCUGGUGGGAAGAAUCUGUUGGGCAAUGGAAGACAUAACCUUGUUAUACAUUCACAAUUGCUAUGUGUUAACUACAGCUGUGUAAUUGCGGGGUUACAUAGGGGCCACGAAAAGCAGAAUUCAUUACAUAGCAGUGUUGUUGUGGUGCUACAUACUACACAGUGGUCAUAUAGGAUUCUGGUGUGUGUCUUUGGGAGAAAUGCCAAAACGUGAAGGUAGUGAAUAUUAUUACUAACUUCUGUUGUGGAUUUUCUAGUGCCCCCAAAACAAUCAUGCUCAGGUAGAUACAACAAAUUACCAAAUUAGCAUCAACUCCUAAAUUACAUUUCUGAACUCAUAGGAUGGAGUGAAGAUGGAAAAAAACUUCCAACAAUAGGGUAAUAAAAACAGGCAGCUAUUGUACAACAGGCAGGAUGAAAAAUCUCAGAUGGUAAGUAAUAUAUAUUUGUGUAAAUAAUGGGAACAAAUGUAUGGUUUUGGAUAUUAAUACUGUAUUUAGAGUCUGUGUAAAGCAGGGGGACAAAUGUGUCCCCGUUCAUUUGGUAAACGCCCAUUGGCUGUACUGUUUUGGGCUGAUGGAGUUGCAGCCUCAACAAUCUGGAGAAACUGAUUUAUUAUAUGUAUUUUGUAAUAUAUAAUUGUUACAUAAGGGAAUUAAUGUUCUGCUUUGGCAUAUUUAUUUCAAUAUCACAACCCACUGGAAAUUAUUGUAAAAACACUAUUAAAUUGAAUUGAGGGCAAAAUA